GCGUACUGGUAGUGUCUGGACAUUUUCGACGCAUCCGCCCACCCAUAUCCACACAUUUCGGAGACGGAACGUUGGCCGCUACUAUUUGCUACACUCAUUUGAUCGAUUUGGACCGCGAAGAAAGGAAUUCCUCCCUUGUGUGGGCGUGGAUCCGCCUCGUUCGACUCCAUUGCGUCCGCCACGAGUAAACACCCAGCACCUUAGACGAUAUCUCUAUUGACAUACGCUCCGAAGCGAAGACACCAACAUCGAUACCCGGAGUUGUAGGAUAUCCAUCCGUCUAUCUCCUCCCAGGAUCCGCGAAGAGCGCUUCCGAGGCGCACGCCUCGCCGGAGUGCCCUGCGUUCUUCCUCCACCCCACCCGACCUCUCGCUCUAUCGAACGUGACGAUUCGUCCUCCCCCCUUUCACAAUGUUCUUCAUCCACGACAUGGAGCGCACGAUCACGCUCCACCCGUCAUACAUGGGCCCGCACGUGAAAGACAUCCUCCUCCACCGCCUGCACGCGGACGUCGAGGGCGCCAACAUGGGGAACUUCUACGUGGUGUUGAUCAUGGAUACGGGGUAUGAGGUAUCGGAGGGGCGGAUCAUGCCGGGGACGGGGUUCGCGGAGUACACGGUGCAUUACCGGGCGGUGGUGUGGCGGCCAUUCAGAGGAGAGAUCGUCGAUGGGGUGGUGAACUCGGUCGUUGACGGCGGAUUCUUCGUCAACGUCGGCCCGCUGAGUGUAUUCGUCGCGAAGAGUAUGAUCCCCGGCGAAAUCAAAUUCGACGGCAACGCCACGCCGCCGCAGUGGACGGACAACGGCGACCAGAUCAUCGAGAAGGAUACCAAGAUCCGCAUCAAGAUCAAGGGUCUGCGGGUGGAGAUGGGUACCAUGUAUGCGAUCGCGACGAUCAAAGAGGAUUAUCUUGGACCUCUACCUUGAGUGGCUGGAAAGACCCUACAAAGUUGAUACCCGCACAAGCGCGAAGGAAACCCACGUUCGGAGGGUUGGAACCCCCACGUUUAAAGCAGGAAGAAAAGGAAGAAAAGCCAACCGUUGGAAACAUAGCCGGAAGCGAAAAAGUGCUUUGUGAUGCUCAGUUCAUACUGGGAGAGGCUGGACAGCAGGCCUCCCUUGAGGAGUGCAAGGCAGGGAGGUUGUUACGAUGAAGCAAUAAAUGCAGCUUCAGGAGGAAGAGGAUGCUUCACACUAGCUCUAUUGAGAUCAAAGAGCCGUUUGAACAAUUCAACAAAUGAGGACCAAAUCUUCUUCUACGCCUUGUAUUCAGUGCAUGAAUUGUUUCAGUUUCCGUACGUAUUAUGCAUUUAUGUCUCAUGCGGAAUAUGAAAUAUCCCGGAAAUGGGGACCAAUAGGAAGGCCAAACAGAGAACCCUCCCCAUUGGCCGGUCUUCGGUAUAUUGAUUGUUGCCAUCUAU